GACCAUUCAUUCAAUUUUCAACCUUUCUCUUCUUUUCUUUCACUCCCCUGUCAUCACUCUCUCGCACUCUUUCGCCUUCUGCUUUUUGUUCUCAAAGGAGUUUCGAGAUAUCCCUUUAUAUGGAUAAACAUAGACAGUCGUUUUUAGAUGUCAUGCUUGCUCCUCGCAACAGGAGAAAGUUGCUCAUUCUGGGCCUGCUCAUUGUUGGGUUUUUGACGUUCAUUUCACUCCAGCUAUAUGCAGGUACACUUCAAACCAAUACCCUCAAUCUUCCGACCAAAGAGACAGAAACACAACCUCAGCAUGUCGAAGAAGGCAAUGAUGCAGUUACUUAUUUAAUGCAACAUCCUGAUCCUCAAAUCAUGACCAACCCAACCAAGAUUGAGAAUAUUUGUAACAACCUGCCCAAGAAUCCCCGUCGACCUCAUGAAGUCGUUUUCACAGAGAGAACUGCAGAGAGCGGGCCUAUCAAGAUCUUCAGGUGGAGACAACAGACGUUCAUGGAUAAUCCCCCAACGGACUGGAAGAAGGAGUCCCAGACGAUGUGCCCCUUUCCACCAGAGCUUCAGCCUUUCUUCAAUUUUAACAAAGCAUAUCAUGUCAAGGAUGAGUUGAUUGUCUGGAAGGAUGGGUUCGCUCCUUGCUGGUUCUGGUAUAGAAAUGUACCAGAUUGGCUCCGGGGUAAAGAGCAAACAUGCGACAAGAGUACAAAGCAAAACUACAAAUACAUUACCACCAGCAACUAUACAGAGUUCCGGGAUGCAGACAUCAUCUUGAUUGACUACCCUUUUUAUAACUACAUUGAGCAACCGCCUUACUGGGAGAUGCGUCGGAUGCCACCAAGGCUGGCUCAUCAGAAGUGGGUUCUAGACUAUGGACUGGAAUCAAUCGCCUAUUACUCUCAUGUGGCACUGGGUUCGUUCUUACAGCAAUUUGAUUUGACAAUGGGUGCGCCCGGACAAUUAUUUGAUGUAUCGCUUCCACUGCAGCAUAUCAGUGAGGAAUAUGCCAUGAAAAUGGCAGAAGUGACGCCGAAAUACCCAUUUGACGACAAGGAUCCCAAGAAUCUGAUUGCCUGGGUAAUCUCCAACUGCAAUCCUACGAACCGUCGCAAUGAGGUGAUUCAGGAACUGAUAACGAAAGCUGGUGGGCACUCCUAUGGCAAAUGUAUGAAUAUGCAUCAGAUUCCUAAGGAGUUGCUUCCGGACGAUGGGUGGGACACGCUCAUGGAAGCCAAGAGGACUGUGCUAAGUAAAUAUCCGUUUGCGUUCGUGGGCGAGAACUCGAACUGUGUUGGAUACGUGACGGAGAAGAUUUAUGAUGCAUUUGAGAGUGGGGCGAUCCCAGUGUACAUUGGUGCAUCUGAUAUCGCAGACUUUGUGCCCGAAAAAAGCUAUAUUGAUGUUUCCUGGUUUAAGAGCACGGAUGAUCUGAUCCAUUUCUUGAGGACGACAAAUCGUGCACCGUUCUUUGCAUGGAAGGAAAAAGUCAAGAAGGAUGCGAGUCAGUUCUGCAAGCGUUGCUUUAAGCCUGUCCAGGCAUUGGAAUGUACAAUCUUGGACCACACACGGUUCGCCUGAGUUGAAGUAGACUUACUUUUCUCUCUCAUAUAUAAUAAAAUAGAAGAAAACAAAUCGGAUUAAAAUAAAGAGAAGGAA